AUGGCAUUCCUCUUCAAGAGUAAAAAGAAUGCAGAUAAGGCCCAGGCCUUGAGAGAUGGCGGGAUUGGCGUACCUAGUUCACAGUCAUCCCUUCAAACUGCGAAUGGACGGUUGCCGCAACAAGCUGAGAGGACGACGACCCCUUCGAGCAGUGUCAAUAAUUCCAUCACUUCCCUGCAAGGAGGUCAUCCAAUGGCGCCAAGCCCCGAACAAUCAAACGGACGACGAGGACCAAUUCCAGAGCAGGCGCAAGAUCUCGCGCUCCGAAACGGCGCACCGCCUCCAGUACAAUCGAUGACUUCAAACCCCAACUCAUCGUUAUAUCCGUGGUCGCAUCGAAGAAUAACAUACACAACCAAUCAUCCUCCUCCUUUUCCUCGAUAUGGUGCCGCUGUCAACUCCAUGGCCUCGAAAGAGGGUGAGAUAUAUCUUAUGGGAGGUCUCAUCAACAGUUCAACAGUACAGGGAGAUCUAUGGAUGGUAGAAGCGGGUGCAAAUAUGGCAUGCUACCCACUGGGCACUACAGCUGAGGGACCGGGACCAAGAGUCGGCCAUGCAAGUUUACUGGUGGGAAAUGCAUUCAUUGUAUAUGGAGGAGACACAAAAAUGGAGGAUGCCGAUGUCCUGGAUGAAACUCUAUACCUCUUGAAUACGUCUACGAGACAAUGGUCAAGAGCUGUGCCAGCAGGACCGAGGCCGGCAGGAAGAUAUGGGCACUCUUUGAACAUUUUGGGCUCGAAAAUAUAUGUCUUUGGUGGUCAAGUAGAAGGAUAUUUCAUGAAUGACCUGGUUGCUUUUGACUUGAAUCAACUACAAAUUCCUACGAAUAGAUGGGAAAUGCUUAUAAAGAAUAGUGAUGAGGGUGGACCACCUGUUGGACAAAUUCCCCCAGCCAGGACAAACCACUCUGUUGUGACUUAUAAUGAGAAACUUUUCCUAUUUGGAGGAACCAAUGGUUUUCAAUGGUUUAACGAUGUUUGGUGUUACGAUGCAAUCACUAAUGCGUGGGCUCAACUUGAUUGCAUUGGCUAUAUUCCAGCUCCUCGAGAAGGUCAUGCAGCCGCAAUUGUCGAUGAUGUAAUGUAUAUUUUUGGUGGUAGAACGGAAGAAGGUGCAGAUUUGGGCGAUUUAGCGGCAUUCAGAAUCUCAUCAAGGCGUUGGUAUACUUUUCAAAACAUGGGUCCGUCACCUUCUCCACGCUCUGGACACAGUAUGACGGCUUAUGGCAAACAAAUCAUUGUUCUUGCCGGGGAACCAAGCACAGCAACUCGUGAAGCUCAAGACCUUUCAACCGUUUACGUCCUCGAUACAAGCAAAAUCCGAUAUCCCAAUGAUCAGCAGGCACCUCCACAGUCUCAGCAGUCUGCUGUUAAUGAACGUGUGCCUGGAGGUAGACGUCCAAGUGGUGGUGAAAAGAGUGGUUUGGGUCCUCCACGAAAUAUGGGCUCCAGAGAAACGUCUGCAUUGCCAGAACCAAAGAGAGGUCCUGGUCCACCUAGAGAGGGUGCUACCAGUCGGAGUGCUGGUCAGCCCAAUGUUAACGGGAACGAUUCCAACGGCAUCGCCCCAGGUUCCGCUCAACCACAAGGCCCACAAACCGGCUCAAAAUUACCGAGGGCAUCAAUGGCGCAAGCUCAACCUGGCCCACCUCCACAACAACAAGUGCCUAACCCUCGAGGUCCAAAUGCCGGACCCAACGGUAGAGGUCCUAGAGGUCCUCAAGGUCCACCACAGGGUCUACAGGGUCCGCAAGGUCCACAGGGUUCACAAGGUCCCCAAAAUCCUCAGGGUCCUUCAGGGCAGGGAAGACUCGAUAAUCGCUUCGGUCCUCCCAUCGAUACCUCGACGCGAAAUCCUAAACUAGAGAACAUACCACUAGCGCAGCGAGCGCUCUCGCCUGCGCAGGAAGAAAGUCUUCAAACUCGAGAAAGUCCGAUUACCAAUGGCCCACGUCCUCCGCUCCAAGUUGCUCCACAACAGCAACAGCCACUCUCGCAGAGCUUAAUUCCUCUUCAAAUGCAAGCUGGAAUUCCACCUCAAUAUCAACCACCGCCUCAAUCGCAACCGCCGCCUCAAUCUCAACCACCGCCACAAUCACCACCACAACAGAUUGCCAAGUCAAUAGCAAGGCAAGAAUCUGAUGCUCGGCAACCCCAGCAAAGUGUCAAGUUGAUAUCCAGACAAGACUCCAAUACUCAGCAACCUGGUGUCACAAAUUCGAGGGCUUCGUCAAAACAGCGACAACCUCGUGGUCAGAAUUCCGUGGAUAGUAAUACGGAUGUGUCUUUGAGAAACGUGAUCAGUCGUCAAGCAUCGCCACCUCCUCCCACAAGACAAACAAGUAAUCCUAUUAGUCGAAGAAGUUCAGCAAGGAACUCCCAAACUGUGACAUUGCUAAAAGAGUUAGAUGCCGCUAGAAACAGAAAUGCCUGGUAUGCUUCGGAGCUUGAACUUGCACGGAAAGCUGGAUAUACACCCAACCCAUCCAGCAGCCCCAUGCUGGACCAGAAAGCAGCAGAGUCAUUCGAUGACGACGACAAACCACUUAUUGAGGCGCUUCUGGCGAUGAAAGCAGAGCUUGCUAAUGUUCAGGCCUCGAUUGACAAACAAGCGGUACUUGCAGCGAAACAAAUUGCCGAAGCUGAAAAGCAACGAGAUGCCGCUAUCAACGAAGCAGUAUACCAUAAAGCAAAACUUGCUGCUCAUGCUGGAAGUCAAAGUAGCACACCGCAGCCUGACAGCGAGAACAGAGACAUUGAAGCUAUGACAAGCAAUCGAUCUUCAGAUAUUAGUAGGAAACUGGCUACUGCAUUAGCAUCGCAACGUGAUCUCAAGAACAAGUUGGAUAGUCUCACUGCUGAGCUCGAAGCUGAAAAGCGUGGAAGACAGCUUGCUGAGGAUAUUGCGAACACCACACAAUCACGGAUGGCUGAGUUACAAGCAUAUAAACAACAAAAUUCUUCCGAGGUUGAACUUCUCAAAGCAGAAUUACACGAAUCGGAGGUUCAAGCUAGGGAAGAGGCAAUUAUUUGUGCUGAAGCUGUCGCAGCCGCACAACUUAUUCAAGCCGAGAAGGAUGAAUUGGAAGCACGACACAGGGAUGUAAUGGACACCGCACAGGAUCAUAGCGAAACAUUCGAAUCUCUUCGGGAAGCCAUGACAUCAUCAGCCGAUAUGAAGAAUCUAUUGGAGCGAAAACUCGAUGAAGAACGCAGUCUCCGUGAGACAGUCGAAGCUAGCCUCUUAACGCUCAGAGCUGAACACGAAAAUCGUACUCUUGAGCUAGAAUCGGUCAAUCGACGCUUGCGAGAUGCUGAAGAACUCGCCGAACAACACGCAAAUGAGGCUCGAACCCACAAGCAAGCUGUGAUGUCUGGUCUCGAUAAAGUCUCGGCAAAUAGAGAUAUUGCACCAAAGGAUUCUGCCAGAGAUGAUCGCGCUUCGGCUCUGGAGGCACAAGUACAAGCUUCUAAUGCUUUGGUUCGGAAAUAUCAAGCUGCAGCGAACACUGCUUCAGAUAAGCUUCGAAGCGCGGAGGAACGUAUUGCAGGACUGGAAGCUUAUCAAGAGCAGGCCAGUCGGGAAGGCAUGUCUAUUCGAAAGCAGCUUCAAGCCUCCAUGCGUGAAACACAAUCACUUCAGGCUGCUAACUCUGAUAUGAAACAUCAGCUUGCUAACCAACAGUUGGAGACUAAUGCAGUCAGCGUACAACACAACACGUUGAAAGAUAUCUUAGGUGAACGCGGUAUCAGUCCGGUCGGCGCAUCGCGGGCACGAGGAUUAUCAAGCCCUCAGUCAGGUUCGAACACACCAGACAUGGCACGUCUCCGUGAGCUUGAACAGCAACUUUCGGCCAGUAUGCAUUCGCAUCAAGAAACCAAAGAGUCUUUUGAGAACCGAGAGCAAGAAGCUGAAAGUGCUUACCGUGAAAAGUUGAGUCAGCUGGAGAAUGACUAUCAAUCUGCCGUACAUUACGUCAAGGGCACUGAAAAAAUGCUUAAGCGAAUGAAGGAUGAACUGUCGAGAUACAAGCAAGAUAAUACACGAUUAAAGGAACAGCUCACAGCUGCCGAGGAAAAGUCUACAGCGGAAAAAUCACCUACGAGUUGGGAAAGUGAACGUGCAGGCUUGCUUGGCCAAAUUGGAACACUUCAGUUCGAGAUCAAUUCAUCAUCUGCACAAUUGAAAGAGGAAUUGACAGAUGUUCGAAAGGAAUUACAAGACACUCAAACUCAUCACUCUAGUCUGAAGCAGAGUCAUGAAGAGUUAGAAAGACAAUUGGCAUCCACCAGUGAACAAGCACGCCUUGAACUUAGUCAACUGCAAGAAGAAAACGCCCAACUAGAAAAGCGCGCUCAAGAUGCCGAACAAAAAGUUUCUUUACUACUUGAUCAAGUUGAAUCAUCGGUUGACAACUACCGCCGUCAUUCACGUCAAAUGGAUAGCAUAGCCGGUGCCCCGAUUGCUGCUACAAAUCAACGAAAUUCAAUUGGUCACGAUUCAGUAUCUGAUUCUUCGAUGUAUGGUGGUGCCAACGAUAACCGUAAUAGCAUGGCCCUAGACAGUCUUGCCUCGGAACUAGAAACGCUACGAACGCAAUGGAAAACGACCAGCAAAAACUAUAGACUUAGCAAUUUCGGUGAUGACGAGGACCGUCCUACAACCAGUAAAUCCGACGCCGAGAAUGCUCCUCAAUUAAGUGGUAGUCUUGCAGAUUGGAGAAAACGAUUGGAUGCCGAAGAACAAGAAGCCAGGUCAAGGCAAGGAAGUCUCACUGGUUCGGAAAGAAUCAUGAGUCCUACUGGUGGCAGAGGUGAUCAUGAUGCUGGUGCAUCAGGUUCACAUCAUGAUAAUAUGCUUUGA